AUGCCUACUGCACUUACAUUCGACAAUUGGCACUUCAAACGCUCAACAGACACUGGUUGGACAAAGAGCCAUACCAACAGUGCCGUGACGGAGAUUUUCCCUGAUUUGGUGAACAGCGGUGAUAUUCCAGACCCUUUGAGCGACUGUAACGAAGCUCUGGUUUCGUUUGUUGGUAGAACUGAGUGGUGGUAUAAAGCGUCCAUCACGGUGGAGCCUGGUCUUCGCCUUGAGCGGUGUGAACUUGUCAUCAACGGGCUGGACACGGAUUGUGAUGUUCUCUUGAACAAUGAGCACAUCGCUCACACGAAGAACAUGUUCAGAAGAUACUCUGUGGAGGUCCAACCCCUGGAAGGGAUAAACACACUCCUGUUGAAGUUCCACCCAGUGGAUCAUAUCAAGGAUAAGCCAUUUGAGCCGAUUACACUCUUGCCAGAGUUCGGCAAUGAUCGCAUGUUCGUGAGAAAGGCACAAUACCAUUAUGGCUGGGAUUGGGGCCCAAGGCUGAUCACUUGUGGUGUCUACAAGCCGGUGGAGUUGGUUCUCUGGGAUGAAGAGACCGGGAAGCUGGAUGGCGUUGAUGUUAGCUACAGGCUUGACGUUGAAACAAAGAGUGCCGAGUUGGAGCUCCAGGCAAUCACCAAGGGUGGGAACGCCAACGUUGUCUAUACUCUGAAAUUUGGUGAUCGUACCAUUUUCAAAAGUCCUGAGUCAACUCACCAGCUGAGUGAUAUCAAGAUGUGGUUCCCCUUUACGCAUGGGGACCCGAAUCUCUAUACAUUGACCACUGAUCUGAUCUUCAACGGUAAGAUUGUUGAUUCAUUGGAACAACGUUUGGGGUUCAGACAGGUUGAGCUUGUUCAAUCAUCACUUGAUACAGGUUCAACCUUCUAUUUCAGAGUCAACGGAUUGGACACAUAUGUCAAUGGGUGUAAUUGGAUACCAGCUUCUCCAUUCUUAACUACCCUAACACGCCAGCAAUACAAGGAUUGGAUCGCACUGUUGAAGGAUGGUAACCAAAACAUGGUUAGAGUGUGGGGUGGUGGCAUCUACGAAUAUGACUGGUUCUACCAGGAAUGUGACUCGCUAGGUAUACUGGUUUGGCAGGACUUCAUGUUUGCGUGUGGCCAGUAUCCAGGAGAUGAUGAGUUUGUUGCGAAUGUUAGGGUUGAGGCUGAACAGAAUGUUCAAAGGCUAAAGAAGCAUCCAUCCGUUGUGAUCUAUGCUGGUAAUAACGAAGACUACCAGACUCGUGAUGAGUAUAAGAUUCCCCGUGAUCAAUUCUACGCUCGUAAGAUCUACGAGGAGGUGUUACCCCAGGUUCUAGCUGAUAUCUACGGUGGAGAAGAGAGCACAACGAUUGCAUACAUCCCUGGCUCACCCUAUUCCAAUGACACGCUACCUGCUGAUGACCUGACCAUUGGUGACGUUCACCAGUGGAAUGUGUGGCAUGGUAAAGAGCUACCCUACCAGCAAUGGUUUAAACUCGUUGGAAGGUUUGUCUCCGAAUUUGGAAUGGAAGCGAUGCCGUCUUAUGAGGUCUUCACCAAGUGCAUAACCAACAAAGAUGAGCUGUACCCACAGUCGAAAACCGUGGAGUACCAUAACAAAGCCCAAGGUUUUGCGAGGAAGCUGUCCUACUAUGUGUACGCCAAUGUUCGGAUCCUGGAGAACGAUCUAAGCUCGUGGAUCUAUGCCACUCAACUGGUGCAGAGUGAGUGUAUGGCGUUCGCACUCCUAGCUGCUCGUCAUAGAUGGGGGAAGAACAGGCUAUGCGGCGGCCAAUUAGUAUGGCAGCUGAAUGACGUCUACCCAGUAACGUCCUGGUCGCUCGUUGAUAGCUGUCGAGUCCCCAAACUCGGCUAUUACAGUGUCAAAAGGCUCAGCGAGCCCUGUAUCAUUGGUGGUGAGGCAUUCGACGAUAACGUGCUGAACCUGUUCAUCUCCACCAGUGGUGCUCAAAACUACGCUAGCGACGACGCAAGCUACUUUGUUCAAGUUGACUACUACGACAUGGCCAGUGUCAUUGUCAAGACCGAACGGUUCCCUGUGACUGUUGCCAACAACUCCACGGUGGAGUGCGGUUGUUUAGCCCUCGACGAGCAUUUAAUCCUGUGCAUCACUCUGCACAGGAUCAGCACUGGAAAUACCUCUGCGACUGUAAAUCGCUACAUCCAUUGGCCUCAACCUCUCAAGCACUACACCCUGAGUGGCGAUGCUCCGGUCGAGUACGUCGUCAAAGAUGGCUAUCUUGAGCUCAAGUCCCGAGUGCUCGUCAAAGGCGUAUUCGUACAGUGUGACGGCUAUCUACAGGACAACGGAUUCGACCUUGUGCCAAAUGAGACCAAAAGGCUGAAAGUUGACACUUCCACCACGAUCUCUCGAGUGCUCGGUACCUACGUCAACGCUACGUAG